AUGAGACCAACAGAUCUAAAUUUUAGAUCUCCUAAAUAAAGAACAGCUGAAAUUCUAUACCCAAUUGUGAAAAAUGAUGGGAAAACAAUAGAUCUAGCUUAUGAUUAAAGAAUAAGACUCAGGUCUUCAGAGGAGAAAAAGAGAUAUUCUUCUUUUAAUCAAGAGAAGCGGUUUAAUUACUAUGAUGCCAUGAUCAUUUCAAGAAGAAGAGGACCCGGAGCAUAUGAAACUUAAAAUGAGAAUACUAUACUUCAAAAAGUGCAAAGCAGUAAAAGAAAAAGUAAAGAGCCAUUUAUUGGACUAGGAAAGAAUUACAAUAAUGGAUUAAGUCAAUUUGGCAAUACGAUAAUGUUUGAUGAUACCUUUGCAAACAAAGACUUUAAAAAAACAAUAAAUAAGCUUUAAAGAGACACCGUCAAUUAUAUAAACUAGGAUGUUAAAUUUGAAAUGACUGCUCCACUAUAUUCUACUAAAGACAUAUCAGGCAAGGAAUUCACUAAUUUUACUUGUUUUAGAAUUGAUAAGAUAAUAGAACUUUCAUAAUCAAUACUCAGUAAGAAGCUACAGGGACAAGUUAGCAUAAUGAGUAGAUGUCAGUAGAAGUUUUCAGACCAAAGAUGCCUCGUUUUCUGGGAUAUAAACAACUAGGGAUUCAAGGACAAGCACUGA